AUGAUUAAAAUAAAAUAUUUAAGCAUUAUUGUUCUAUCUGCAUUUAUGAUAAAUGCAACAAUAGCAAAUAAUACUACACAAGAUAACAAUGACAAUAUUAAUUUGCACAAUAGUUGUGAAUGUAUUCAAUAUAAUUGUGGAUGUUGUCAAUACUUAAUAUGGAACCUAAUUUCAUUGGAUGGAUUGCUAUGCAUAAAUGCAACUUAUUUAGAUAAAGACUAUGGUUUUUCUGUUACUGUAACGUACAAUGGUUUAAUUAUAAUUAAAGAAACAAUUUCAGGUAAACUUAGUAACAAUUUCUAAUCGAAUA